GACACGUCGUUUGAAGCGAAUGUGACUCGUUAGCCAAUUCGUUCUGUCGCCAAACAGUUUUCACAGGUUAAAGCCAGAACAAAUGGAAUGUCAAUCCCACCAUCUUUACCAAUAUGCGGUUGUUUCUGUCUUGUCUUUUUCUACAGGUGUUUGUCCACCAUGGUUGGGACUUUCCCGCUUCUAUCAGUGCAGCCAAUGCGGGGGCUCGUGGAUGAGAAGAUCCAGGUAGUUGUGAGGAAUUUACCUCCAGCUCUCUCGGUGACACUGCAUUCCCUUCAUCACUCUGAGGAUAAUGACUUUUGGGAGGCAUUCGGCCAUUACACCAGCAACGACCAAGGCAUGGUGACAGUUGCUAAGGAUGCCAGUCUUGGAGGAACAUAUGAAGGAGCAGAGCCCAUGGGUCUACUGUGGAGCAUGCAGCCUGUUGCAGGCAGUCGGACAGGCCUCAGGUUGAGAAAGAUGGAUGUCCUAUCUCCUAUGGUUGUACACAUCUCUGUGUACAGUGGGCACAUGACUGAGGGCUUCAGCAAGCAGUCUCCUCUAGCGAUCGUUGUCACAGAACGAUGGUACAUGGCACCGGGUGUGUGCAGAAUUGACAUCAGGGAACAUGGAGUCCGAGGGACCCUCUUUUUACCCCCAGGUCCUGGACCCUUCCCUGGGGUGUUGGAUAUGUGGGGAGGGGGUGGGGGGCUGGUGGAGUACCGCUCCUGCCUCCUGGCAUCACACGGUUUUGUUUCCAUGGCGCUAGAGUACAUUUCCCAUGACAAGAACAGAACCUCAGACAUCGACUCAAAAACCUACUUUGAGAAAGCGUUCAGGAUUGUGCAGGAGCACCCUCUGGUGAUGAAGGACAGAGUUGCUCUGUUUGGUCUUUCCUUAGGCAUGUCAGUCGCCCUCAACUUGGCAGCCUACUCCAAAGACAUCAGCCCCAGAUGCUGUGUGUGUAUCAGUGGGAGUCACGUCCACCGGGUCAACCAGGCUUUCAGGAAAGUGUUGAACAAGGAUGGGUAUAAGAUCCGAUUUGAUGAAGAGGGCCGUGCGGUCUGGAGAGACAUCAGUCUGCCUAUCCCAACUGACCUUGGAGAGAAAGUGGAUAUGGGGAGGAUAAAGUGUCCAUUGAUGUUGGUCGUCGGGGAGGAUGAUCAGAACUUGGCGACAGUGGAGUCUGCCAAGGAUAUUACCCAGAUGAUGCGUGCAGCGGGUAACGAGCACCUACUGACCAUUCUACAAUACCCUGAAGCUGGACACCUCAUUGAGCCGCCCUACACACCCCACUUCAGAGCCAGCAACUUCAUACGGCCUCAAACACGACAGAAAGUGAUCAUGUUAUGGGGAGGGUACACCAAGCCGCAUGCCGAUGCUCAGGAAGACUGUUGGGAAAAGAGCCGUAGCUUCCUACGGCAACACCUCUACCCCAGCCCUGACUCUGUCCCUAAGUCCAAGCUGUGAUGUCACACCCGAGGAGCAUCAGGGCCUAGUAUGAUUGACUAAGCUAUAACUGUUAAAAUAAAUUAACAUUUAAAAUA